CUCCCUCAUCAAGAAGAAGCAGAAAGCAGAAGCUUAUCAUCAUGUCCUCAACCACCGUCUUCCGCGCCUCGCGUCCCCUCUUCCGACAGGCCACCACCACCUUUGGCGGUGCGCCCGCCCGACAGGCCUUUCGCCAGAACUUCCGACAGGGCAGCGGCCGUCGGUGGCAGAGCACCGAUGGCGCCCAGCAGCAGCAGCAGUCGUGGUUCAAUCGCAUGUGGGAGAGCGAGGUCGGCUUCAAGACUGUGCAUUUUUGGGCUCCCGUCAUGAAGUGGGCUCUCGUCCUCGCCGGCAUCUCCGACUUUGCUCGUCCCGCCGAGAAGCUCUCCUUCACCCAGAACCUCGCCCUGACCUGCACCGGCAUCAUCUGGACCCGCUGGUGCCUCAUCAUCAAGCCCAAGAACUACCUCCUCGCCGCCGUCAACUUCUUCCUCGGGCUGGUCGGCCUCGUCCAGAUCACCCGAAUCGCAAAGUACGAGUCCGACAAGAAGGCUGGCCUCAAGGGCGCCAUUGAGGACAUCAAGGCCGAUGCCAAGGAGACCGUCAAGGAGAUCAAGGGUUAAAUUGCGCCCUCCAUACUUGAUAGAAACCACACACACACACACACACACACACACACACAACACAUACAACCCCUUGCCUGGAAUCGAGAACGGGACGAGUCGCUUCAAUGCGUUUGGGCAAGAGCUGGGCCGAGGCAUGCGUUUAGUCACCAUGUCGUUGCUGCAAAAGGAGGGGUUUUUUUGGGUUUGUCCUAUACAGGGGAAACCCUAGGGAUGAGAUGAAUUGUCUGUCUGUUUUUCCCUUGUUGCAAAAUUAGAGGAUAGCUAUUACAUGUUGGAUUCGGGGUUCCAGCAAAUAAAGAAACCAAUGCAAGAUAUACCCACG